UCUUGUGGGUUUGCAACAAGUUAGUUAUACUAAUGCAAGACAAUGCACUCUGCACUCUCAUAAGAGGUCUUCAAUGUACCUCUUUGGCAUUAACCAAGCAUUGAAAUGUGUAUGUUUUGACACCAAAACACUUAAUGUAUGUUUAGGAAAUAAAAAUGGAAGGAUGCAAUGGGUAAAAAUGGAUGGAAACAAAGGACAAGCACUGCUGAGGUUCUUUGCCAAGUAUUAUACCAGCAUAAUGGUGUGUGCAUGUAUCUCAAUAUUUAUGCUGCAGAUCUUUCAGGUAGUUACAGCCUAUUUUAUUAUAGUGUAAAAUGAUUAUAUUAUCUUUUUGUAGGCAACAAAGCCUUAUGCUUCUGCAUUCAUAGGCUUGGACAACUAUGUAACAAUCCACCCAGUAAAGGACUCAGGUAGGCCACUUUUCAUAAUGUCAGUAUAUAGGCAUUGAAUCUCAUCUGGACAAAGGAGAGGAUGUGGAGAGGACUAUGUAUUACCAUAGCAGUCAAGAUUUUUUCAAUGUGGGGUUUUACUGCUUUGUUUGGAUGACAAUCCAUGCCGCUGUGCAGAAAUACAUUUGGAAGGAAACAGUGAAGUGCCUAAACAAACACUUGCCACCAACGGAGACUAGCACAUACUACGACUCAGGUUGUCUCGCGGUGUUCUACCUGGUUUUUGUGAUAUGGGGGCUAGGCAUCUUCCUCACCAAUGGUGACCCAACUCUUGCAACAACAGACCUUUACACUGAACACUGGCUUGAAUAUCAGUCAAAAAUAUUCAUGAGUCCGUUCCUCAAGCUUUUCAUGCUGACUCAAAUGGGUUUCUGGGUGCACUGUUACGUAUGGUUAACCUUCAUGGAGGAAAACAAGACCUUCUCAAACAUUGUCUUGUACACUCUUUCAUUGGUCAUUAUUGCUGUGAACUAUAUCAUAAGGAUGCAACAUGCAAUGUUGGUGAUGCUAGUGUUCCACUAUUCAAUGGAGUUCCUCUACCAUUUCUCUCGUAUCAUGCUCUUCCAUGGCCAGAGCAGGCUCUCCAGCUUAGCUUUCAAUGUGUGCCUACCACUGCAAAUCAUAGGAAUAUGUGUUAAAGCACUGUCAUCAGGUGAACUACUCCUUCCUGACUGGAGUGGUGCUUUACCGAGGACUUGGCUGUGGAUUGCUCUAACUUUAUUUUGCCUGCACCAAAAGAUAAUUACUUGCAUAGUAGCCUCCAGGACCAAAGUCCUAUAUAUAAACUAAGUAAAGAGAACAUUCAACCUUGUACUGACCCCACCUUGCACCAGUCAUUUUGUCAUUCGAAAUUUGAAGCACAUGCAACCCUGCUGAACAUUAAAAGUGCGCAUAUGCAGACUUCGGCGAACUGGUUUUGUUAUGACGAAGGUUUGAGCUA